AUUAGUUCAGGGAAGGACUUGCUCACCUGCUCCUCCCCUCUGACUCAAGUCAUAACAAGUAACCUGGUUCCCCUGGCCCAGCAGCCUGGGAGGGACGGCGGGCAGGUGGGACGAGAGGGGCAGCCACUGGCCAGCAGCUCCAGUCGGUUGGAGAGAGCACAAAGUGGGUAGCCUGUGGCCUCGGAGCCCCUGAGGUGACAUGGACAGCGCCUGUGCCCCCUGACCGAGAACAGCGGCUGUUUCAGCUGUUUCCUGGAUUCCCGGACCAAAUCCCAGAAGCAGCUGGGGAAACUCCAGGCUACCUUCAUAUCCUGUCCCAGGUUGGGCACGGUGUCCCUCCUCCCUGCUCUGUGUCCCCUCCUCCCAGAAAUCUGCCAUGGAGAGUAAGGAUGAGGUCAGCGACACUGACAGCGGCAUCAUCCUGCAGUCUGGCCCCGACAGCCCAGUCUCUCCGAUGAAGGAGCUGACCCAUGCAGUUCGUAAGCAGCAGAGGGCCCUGGAGGCGCGGCUGGAGGCCUGCCUGGAGGAGCUGAGGAGACUCUGCCUGAGAGAGGCGGAGCUGACAGGCACCUUGCCAGCAGAAUAUCCUCUCAAGCCAGGAGAAAAGGCCCCCAAGGUCCGCCGCAGGAUCGGAGCAUCUUACAAACUGGAAGAGUGGGCCUUGCACAGAGAGGACCCCCUGAGCAGCUUGGAGCGCCAGCUGGCCCUGCAGCUGCAGAUCACCGAGGCCGCCCGGCGGCUGUGCCUAGAAGACAACCUGGGCCGGCAGGCUCGGCGGCAGCGGAAGCACGCGGUGCUGCAGGAGGAGAAGAAGCUGCGUGAGCUGCAGCGCUGCCUGGGUGAGCGGAGACGCAGCAGUGAGCCCCCUCCAGCCACGGGGCUCCCAUUGGGCCGAGAGCUCAGUGCCUCUGAUGACAGCUCCCUGUCAGAUGGGCUACUCCUGGAGGAAGAGGAAUCUCAAGUGCCAAAACCUCCUCCAGAGUCCCCGGCCCCACCUUCCCGGCCUCUCCCACCCCAAAGCCUUGAGGGGCUACAGCCAGCAGGACCUGAGACUGAGGGCCCAGAGCGGGCCCCGAUCCAGAACAGCCCCUGGAAGGAGACCAGCCUGGACCACCCCUACGAGAAGCCCAGGAAAUCUUCUGAGCCCUGUAGCGAGUCCAGCAGCCCUGCCACCACACCACAAGAUGGGCCCAGUACCUCCAACCUGUGGCUGCUAGAGCCUGCCCCCUACCAAAUGGUUCCCAUCCGUGGUGUUCCUGGCCAGCGGCAGGGCCGAACCAGUGCCCCGGCAACACCUGAGAUGCAGGGGAGGAGGGGCCAGUCACAGUCUCUGAGGGUGGAGUCCUUCCGGGCAGGACCAGAGGGCAGAGGUCGCAGCGCCUUUCCCCGCCGCCGCCCCACUCACUACACGGUGACAGUACCAGACUCCUGCUUCUCUACGACCAAGCCCCCGCUGCCGCCCGCUGCCUGCCACUCCUGCUCGGAAGACAGCGGUUCUGACGUCUCCAGCAUCUCCCACCCCACCUCUCCAGGCAGCAGCAGCCCGGACAUCUCUUUCCUACGGCCUCUGUCCCCACCAGAGCCCCCUCGCCACCGUGGGGCGUGGGGCCCGGCUGGCAGCAGAGAGCUGGCCGUCCACUACCCCAAGCUGCUGCUGCCUCCUGGCUAUUUCCCGGCAGGGCGGUAUGUGAUGGUGGCUGAGAGCCACCUGCCGCCUGGCGAGUGGGAGCUGUGCCGCGCCGCCCUGGGUCCACCCUACGUGGAGGAGGGCGCCCCCCUGCGCUACCAGCGCCUGGUGCCCUCACACAGCCGCAUCGUGCGAACGCCCUCGCUGAAGGACAGCCCCGCCGGCCGGGCCCUCAGCAAGGCGGCGGUCUCGGAGGAGCUCAAGUGGUGGCACGAGCGGGCACGCCUCCGCAGCGCCCGCCCCCAUUCGCUGGACCGCCAAGGGGCUUUCCGGGUCCGGAGCCUGCCUCCUGGUAGAGAGAGCUAUGGCAGAGCUCUGGGGCCUCGAACACAGGUACCUGCAGUGUGUGUGCUCCGGAGAUCACCUGAAGGGGCCCCUGUGCAAGUCUUUGUACCUGAGAAUGGAGAGAUCAUCAGCCAGGUGUAA